AUGGACGUUGAGGACGAAUCAGUGUCGAUACCUUCCAAACGAUCCUCUCCCGAUCUAUUCUUCCCAGUAUCCGACUCGGAAGAAGAGGAAGAUGUCAUCACGGCUUCAGGAGCUCUAGCUGGACCUUCUUCGUCGGCCAUCAAUCCUCCUUCAACCGCUACAUCCUCGAGAGCGAACGGUAUCAAUGGUAAUCAAGUCGAAUCCAAGCAAUCUCAAGAGGUAUUCGGCUCGCAGAACAGUGACGAUGUAAUCGCAAUAGACGAUGUUAAGCCUUCCAAUGGGGCAGGACCUUCCAGAAUCAAGCGAGCACUCUCUUCCACCCCGCCUACACCAUCUUUCUUCAUACCGACCGGUUUUGAACAAGGAUACUUGGGCGAAUUCGUUUGUGAAGGAUGGAGUUUAUCGAAAGGCAAAGGAUAUUGUUCACCAGGCAGUAAAGUAAUUUUUGAACGACCUAAACCUAAAGCUCAAGUAGAAGAGAGUAAGAGUAGUAUUAGGGAUACGAAGGGUCCGGCGAGAUUGGUUAAUGGGAAAGUGGUGGGUGCGAAAGGGAAGAGUAUCGAUGGGAAGCAGGUGACACUAGGGUCGAUGAUGAGUAAAAGAAAUACCCCAGCUCCACCCAAGAAGUCAAAUGCCAAGCCGGUGGUGGAUUCGAUUAUCAGAUUUAGGAAUGAUCGUGGAUUUGUUGGAAGGUUAUCGGUUCAGGAAGCGGGGUUCCUAACUCAUCUCCUCGAUACUGGCGUUAUCGAGCUCUCAGGACAUGUGAUCGACUGUCCACAAAGUCUCUCAACUGGAAGUACAAUCCUUCUCAACGUCAAGGUAUUCCUUGCUCGCAAAGCUUUCGAGAAUGUGGAGAAGAAGGACGAGCGGAAGGAAGAGGGCACAUUCUGGCAGGAGCAAAAGGAAACUACAGAGGAAGAAGCUAUGAGGAAAAGAAAAGAUGCUUUAGGCGCUUUAUUCAGUCGCAUCGGCGUCAAACCCCUCCGUUCGAAUGCUUUACUUCUAGCUCAGAAGAAGAAUGGGGCAGCGGUCAUCAAUGAGACUUCCUUGCAACAUUUCUCAGAUUCACCUAAACCCAAGCGAAGUCCUAGUCCGUCGAAGGGAAGCAAUGGUACUGCGUCUGAGAAGGGAAAAGGGAAAGCUUCGGCGGCUACUAGUGAUAAUGAUGAGGAGGAGGAUGAAGAUAGUGGAGAUGAGGCUGAAAAGCUGGAUGAAAAACAAAUGAAUGAGAUUGAUGCUAUCUACGCAAAAGCUCAACAAGGAGAUAAUCGAUUAGAAGAGACUAAUCCUCCCGAUACGUUCUUAUAUACUCUUAGACCUUAUCAAAAACAAGCCCUGACGUGGAUGAGCGCUAGGGAAAAGGGCGAUGAAAGUAUAAGGGAUAAUCAGAGUUUACAUCCACUAUGGGAAGAAUAUGCUUUUAAGAAGGAACACGUUGAAGGUCAACCGAUCGAGAUAGAAGAUGAAGACGAUUUCGUCGAUCCGAGUCGAAGAUUCUACUGGAACCCCUAUAGUGGAGAAUUGAGCUUGACCUUUCCUACGUCAAAUACUAAGGCUAAAGGUGGUAUACUGGCUGAUGCGAUGGGUAUGGGUAAAACCUGUAUGAUGGCUUCACUCAUCCAUACCAACAUUGACGCGGAUAUUGCAUCUACACCACCUCCAAAUGCUACCGAAGAUGAAGAACCUGUAUCUAAACGACCCAAGUUCAAGCAAGUCACGUUAUCCAAUCAAUGGAGAGCUAUACCUACUGUACCUAAAGCUACCAACGUCAAUUUGCCCAGGGGCACAUUGGUAGUCUGCCCCGUAUCAUUAGCUUCGCAAUGGCACGACGAACUCGGUAAAAUGUCAGAAAAGGGAACUAUCACGUCUUUCAUGUGGUAUGGAAAUGAUCGAAUCGAUAUCGAUAGAUUACUCUCACAAGAAGGUAAAAAGAAGGUAGACGUAAUUAUCACUUCUUAUGGGACAUUGGCGAGUGAAUAUCAAAAAUGGAAGAAGAACAAGGACAAACCGACCUACGAGGGUGGCAAUCUAUACGAUCACGAGUUUUUGCGGAUUGUACUAGAUGAAGCUCAUAACAUAAAAAACCGCACAGCUCAAGUGUCGAAAGCGUGUUACGAAUUGAAAGGUCAGAGACGAUGGGCUUUGACUGGUACACCUAUUGUCAAUAGACUGGAUGAUUUGUAUUCACUAUUACACUUCCUUCGAUUGGAGCCUUGGGGACAUUAUUCCUUCUUCCGAAGUUUCGUUACCAUUCCAUUCUUGAACCAAGAUCCGAAAGCUUUAAAUGUUGUACAAUACAUCUUGGAAUCAUGUCUGCUUCGACGUGAGAAGACAAUGAGGGAUAAAGACGGGAAGCUGAUUGUUGAUCUGCCACCGAAGACUGUUGACAUACAAGUACUAGACUUCUCCAGACCUGAAAGACAAAUAUACAAACAUCUCGAAGACCGUGCUAAGAGGCGAUUCAUCCAACUGGAUGCUGAGGGUAGAGCAAUGUCAAACUAUACGUCUAUAUUGGCAAUGCUUAUGAAACUUCGGCAGUGUGUCGAUCACCCUUUACUUGUACUUGGCAAAUCGACAGAGGAUGAUGAAUCCACCGAAAAACUUUUAGAUGCCGACACGGGAGAUGAGAAGAAUAACCUCAAGGAUCUAAUCGCUUUGUAUGCUGGAGGCGCUAAAUCCAAAGUAAACAAUGGAGGAAAGGAAGAAGAGGUGGAUCAUGCUUUUGCUGAGAAAGUGUUGAAGGAACUGGGUGAACAAGAGACUACACCUAUAUGUGAUAUCUGCUCGAAUGAGAUGUUCGAUGAGGCUCUGUUGCCUUGUUAUCAUCGAUGCUGCCAAGACUGUAUAGUCAACUGGAUUGGAACAUGCGAAGAUCAAAACAAACCCGCCUUAUGUCCAUCCUGCUCGAAAGGUCCCAUUAAAUUGUCAGACUUGAGAUCGAUUCAACGUAAGCGCAAAAGAGUCAAUCCAUUGACCGGUACGCAUGAAGCAGGAGAACCGGGUGUGACGAUUGGAAAGGUGAAUCUGGUCCAGAGUACGAAAUUGAGAGCGUUAGUCAGGAAACUAGACUUGAUGAGGCAGGAAGAUCCAGAAGUGAAGACUUUGGUGUUCAGUCAAUUCACUUCGUUCUUAGAUCUUAUCGAGACUACUCUGUCUAAAGAAGGCAUCAAAUGGCUCCGAUUUGACGGAUCCAUGUCCCAAGCUCAACGAGCUGCCACGAUUGAAGAGUUUGGUAAAAAGACCAAAGAACCUCUGGUAUUGUUAAUUUCUUUGAAAGCUGGUGGAGUGGGAUUAAACUUGACUAUGGCUAAUCACGUAUUCAUGAUGGACACAUGGUGGAACGAAGCUAUCGAACAACAAGCUAUAGACAGGGUACACCGAUUAGGUCAGAAUAAGCAUGUUUACGUGACUAGGUAUAUCAUCAAAGGAACGGUCGAAAAGCGAAUCAUGAAGAUCCAACGAUCCAAGACUGCCUUAGUUAACGCGUCUUUAUCCGGAGGAGCUUCCAAGGACAAAGGUGCGAGUUUGGCGGAUAUCAAGAAGAUUUUCGGUCUGGAUGAGGAUGAUAGUGAAGAUGAAGUGUACUAG